AUGACCAGCCGCAGCAACAAAAAGCCGCUGACGCGUGUGAAGGAGCUGAGUCCUGCUCUGUGCACCAAGGAGGUGCAUGUGAAGGUGAUCGUGAUGGAGUGCAAUGCCAAGGACGAGGGGAACGUGAGCAACAACGCGACGCUGCUGGUCGGAGACGACUCGGGCUGCGUGAGUCUCGUGCUGCCCAAGACGACGGCGCUGCAGGUGCAUCUGGGAGACAUUUUGUGUCUGUCAGGGACGCAGGUCGUGCUCAAGAGCAGCCGCAUUUACCUAUGGGGCGGCAACGUGGAGCGUGUGGGCGAGUUCGUGCUGCUCUUCAAGGAGAGCACCAACGUCAGCAACAUUACCUGGGUCAAGGAUCCGAACGACGCCGAUGUCCUGAUCCCUGGACGUAGUCCUGCAAAGCGACCGAAGCCACAGAUUGUCACUUAG